UCUGCCGCCGGUCCAGCCAACUUGGACAACAUGCCGCUUUCAAACAGACUCGUCACACCGCUGCAACUUUCCCUCCGCGUGCGUGGACCGAGAUGAUCUGAAGCGUUUCCUCGACGUGACACACACACGCCACAUGACCGACGCUAAAUCCUAAAAACCCUGAGAUGUGGACGGGACUCACCUGAGUGGACUAAAGGUUCAGAAGAAACCUCAACUUACAGACAAGCUUCUUUUACAUUUUUAUAUGUGGAGUAUUUUUAACCCCGGGUUUCAUUAAAAUGCGUGUGCUGUGGACCAAGUACGUUUUCUUCCUGGCGUAUUGCUCUGGAUUCACGUUUGGGAGUCCAAACAGAUGCGACGAAGUGCGCAAAGUUUUCCAACUCAGGCAAAUUGGACCAAAUCAAUUAUUGCCUCUGAGCCCCAGACCAGGUUCAGACCUUCAGGUGUGCAUGUCCAAGAACCUGACCUGCUGCACCAAAAAGAUGGAGGAGAAGUACCAGGUGGCGGCCCGGAGAGACAUCCAGAACCUCCUCCAGACAUCCAGCUCCAGCCUCAAGUUCCUCAUCUCACGCAAUGUGGCUGCUUUUCAAGAGACCUACGAGGCUCUGAUGAGGCAGGCAGAGAAUCACACGAACGUUGUCCUCCAGGAGUCAUACCGCAACAUGGCUGAUGAGGCUGUGGGCCCUGUGCGGGAACUCUUCACUGACAUUAGUCUCUUCCUGCUGGGGUCUGAGCUCAACGUUGAUGACUUGGUGCAGCGAUUCUUCGAGGCUCUCUUCCCGCUGGUCUACAAUCACCUCAUCAACCCAGGCCUCAGCGACAUAUCGCCAGGCUACGCCGAAUGUGUAAGGUCGUCCACCCGGGAUGUGAGACCGUUUGGUGGGGCGCCCAGCCUACUGGCUGAUCAGAUUGCCCGCUCUGGGGUCUCUGGGAAGCUUCUCCUUCAGGCGCUGCACCUCGGCAUCGAAGUCAUCAACACCACAGACCACUUACAGCUGAGCCGUGAAUGCAGGCGGGCCCUGCUCAAGAUGCACUACUGUCCUCACUGCCAGGGUUUAACCCAGUCCAAGCCGUGCAUGGGUUACUGCCUCAACGUGAUGCGGGGCUGCUUGGCAAGCAUGGCGGAGAUUGACACCCACUGGAGGGAGUUUGUUCGCUCGUUAGAGGGCCUGUCAGCACGGAUGCACGGGCCUCAGGAUUUGGAGCAAGUGCUUCUGGGAGUUCACACACUGCUUCAUGAUGCUGUCGGGCACGCACAGAAAAACGGACCCCGCCUCUCAGCACAGGUGCACAAACUGUGUGGCCCACCGAGCAGGAGGCCUGCGCAGUCAGUCAGCAUCCAGCACAGCAGCAGCGGCAGCAGCAGCAGAGAAUCCAUCCCUCUUAAAGCUCUUGUCAGAGUGUCAGGGGACUCGCUCGCUGUCAGGAGGAGGGACUUUCUGAACAGUCUGCGUCUGUACCGCACGUACUAUGGCGGCCUGGCGGAUCAGCUGUGUGUGAGUGAGCUGGCCUCCGGUGACGGGCUGUCCUGCUGGAAUGGAACCGACAUUGUGAAAAGCUACACCCUCCGUGUGGUUGGCAAUGGGAUCAAGGCUCAGAGUGCCAACCCUGAAGUCAAAGUGAAGGGAGCAGAUCCUGUAAUCAAUCAGAUCAUUGACAAGCUGAAACACAUCAAUCAGCUGUUGCAGGGGAAGUCCAUUCCUAAACUGGGAUCACUGGACCAGAUUGAAACAGGAAGUGGAGAUUUAGAAGGACGUUACAGCGGCGACUGCGACGAUGAGGACGGCUGUGGGGGUUCAGGUGGUGGUGAGGUUCAGAGGAAAGUCAGAGUCACCAAAUUGAGUCCAGAUGUGACCAGCGAUCACAAACAUCAUCAUCAUCAUCAUUACCCACCUGCCGAGGAUUCAGUUAUUGGGGGCAGAUCCAGGAGCCUUGGACUGACGGGGGCCAUCUGGGCCUUGAUAUUGCCUUGUUUACAUAUGCUCCUGGCCUUGUAACAGCUGCCCUUUCUGCAGCAUGAAACUUUGAAGACUGGAUUUCAGGCUUAUUUAUCCAGAAACCAGUGGACAAAACAAGCUCUGAUAUGUAACGGAGCACCACUUCCACACAGUGCAGGACACGGUAGAAGUGAAUGUGACUGAUCGUGUGGAAAUGACAAGACACCGUGGCUUACGUAAGACAGCAUAUGGUUCAGCUUUGCCAAUGUUAAUUAUUCUUUACUCGGCAUUCAUUAACACUAAAAAUUACUUAUUUAUAACAGCUGAUUUCAAGAGUAACUACAGCGCAAGUUGUAAAAGAUUGGUAUUAAUUUAAUUGUAUUUCUACGCAUAAUAUAUAUGGUCUGUGGAUGUAUAUAUGAAAGCAUUAAUUUGCAUCUGCAUAUCAUACUGUAAUGCACUCUACACAGUGCAGAUUGUACUCAUUUUAAGUGGGGUUUUAAAACUGCUGUGAAGAUCAAAGUAAUCUGAAAGGUUACUUUUGAUGUUGGAUUUGAAUUUGGAAAAAAUCUCCACAGCUUUUGCAGUUGCAAUAUUUUUACAAACUCAAAUUAAAAUGGCCUGUUAUUCUAAUACCGUCCCAGGAAUCCCUUCUGCGUAUAAUCCUCUAACAUUUUUUAUGCAGAAGUGCUUCAAUUAUUGGGGAAAACCUGCAGGAAUGUCUCAGAUGUGGACCUUAUGUUCUUGUGGAUUUUGCUCGAACCACGAAUAAUUCCAGACAUUUGCUUCCUUUCAUUUGUAAUAGCUGCCAUGCUGUCCAGAGUCCAUUUAAUUGGCACAUUUCAAUUGCAAAAUUGACCUGUAAUGCUACCGCUGAGAGAAACGGUGAAAGGAGAGGGGUGGGCAGGUAGAAGUGGGGGGCAAGUGAGAUGUGAAUUCAUACUCCUUUCUUCUUUAGGAAUAGAUUAGUUUCUUCAGGAGUCUAUUAUCAUCUUUCAAACUCAAUCCUCCUCUGCCUUCAUAGGCCUGGAUGGGAGCUGAUAGCUCCUGGAGCCACUGGUGAGGAAGAAUCCAAUUGCUCCUGCCUGCUACCUGAUGCAUACUGCUGUUGUGUUACUGGCAGGUUUCUGUGCAGAGGAAAAGAAAAACGAUUUGUUUCACAUAUGUCAUGCAUGUCUGGUCAAUGCCUGAAAGAGAAAAGUACUCAACGGUACCGAAAAUUGGUUCUUUGGCUCACAUAUCCUGGGAAGCUACUUAUAGAGCUGAAGAAAUAAUCCUACUGAGAUGCUGCAGGAGCUAAAAUAAUACUAUUUAAAACCAAAUUUCACUAUUCAUACACGGCAUAUAUGUGUAUAUACAUACACAUCACAGAAAUAAACAUGAAAACAUUAAAGCUGCUACUGUAAAUACACGACAGAGUAAGAAUUAACAUAAAUAUUCAAUUAGGGCUCAAAACAGCCAAAGGUACAAUCUCCUCAGGUACUCUGUUUGAUCAUAUAUGCAUAGGCACAGAUCUCGGUGCGGACGCAGGGGACACGUCUCCCUCAAUAUGUGCAUUUGUUCCCCCCAGUAAGAUGUAAGAAUUGAUAGAAUGCAACUCUGAGUUGCAACAAAGCCUCCGGUAAAAUGGGGGGCAGCAUGCAACCUCAAAAACAGUGGUUGCAAUCCGCCAUAAAACAGGAAAUGAGUCCUGGGGUUAAACUGGAGUAAACACGGCAGAAGCUGCUCCAAUACAGCUGCAAAUUAGUGAGAAAAAUGUAAACCAAAAGGUGGAAUUAAGGUAUUUGAGUAUUAGUAUUAGGACCACGGUUAAGAAAAAUACUAAUCAGAGAUUUUGAGAAUUAAGUCGUAAUAUUACGGGAAAAAAAUGUAUGAGAAUAAAGUCAUAACAGAACAGGUUCCCUCAAGUCAUAUGCAUUUUACCAUUUCCUGACAGUCCACUGUAGCCUACAGUUAUUUAAACUAGGGCUGCCCCUGACUAAUAAUUUUCCUAGUUGACCAAUAGUCGUCAUUUAGGGCCAUUAGUCGACUAGUCGCCCACAUGUUUUCAGUUAUUAAAUGAUAUAUUUUGGGCGGGGCAACACAAUGGUUUGAGUUGAAGGUGUGAGAAAGAAUAGUAUCAGUAACAUUGUUAACACUGUGCUACAUUACAGAGAAAUACAAAACCGUACUAAUGAACCUUCAUUAAUAUAGGCCUAUAUUUUAUCUACAAGUGCACGUCACACACUGAGCGAGCCGCCUGUUAAUGACGCUGUCGGCAAAGCAGUAAUGAUUGUGCUAAGUGGCUAAUGGGCAUGUAGCUACUUCCAUGUUUCAGAUGAUACGUCAUGUUUGUAGUCGACCAAUGAAGAUGAGUUUACAUAUCACCUUGGGUUCAUCCUUCACCUUCUCAAAAUGAUCCCACACUUUGGAUUUCCUGCCCGACAUGUUAUUAACCAGCCUGUGGAAUAACCGCAGGUACCAGGUCUGUAAAUUAACACGUCUCCUGUCUGACUGCUGAGCGUGGACACUUCCUGUGUCUGUCCUUUCAAAUUAAAUUCCCACAUGGUCCAGUCAUAUAGGUUUUGAUUUAUUUUGACAAAGCACAGUUCCUGAUAGAGUUUCAGGGGUUUUUUUUGUUUGGUUUUUCUGUGACUAAGCAACCAAUGAAAUUUUGCAGACUAAUGACCUCUCUAGUCUCCUAUUAGGGGGCAGCCCUGUUGUAAACUAGUAAAAAGUUUGGACUGCAGUGUGCGUCCUCCCUCUGUGGUAGCUCUGUGUCGCUGUGUGUUCUUCCCACUGAAAAGCUCAAGGAAGCAGCUGUAAGCUGCAUUUUGUUGGAGGCGGUGAGGAUAACAUUUGUGUGGACAAUAUAACCACACAGCCACUCAGUAAUGGUGAGAUUUAUGACUGAUCAGAAGUGUUUGUAGUUAGUUUCCACCCCCAAUAAAGAUUAGCACACAGCCGCUUCCAUAAACUCUGUCUUGUCCACAGACGGGCCCAAACAGAGUAAAGCAAUAACGUAGUGCACAGCAGACUGAGAGGGCAGGUAGAGUUUUUUCUUGAAACAUCACAAAUUUAUUCCCAUUAAAGUAUUUUACUCUUGUAAUAUUUUAACUUUUCUCUCUAAAUAUUACAACUACAUAAAAAUAAAAAGCAAUGAGUGGCCAGCUCACUCAGUAAAAGUCCAUGGUACCGGCAGACAGUCCAAAAAAAUCAUCCGAGGCACUCUGACCGUAGUUAAAAAUCCUCUAUUAAUACAUGGAUAAACCAGCUAGAGAGUCUUCAUCAGGGUGUAAAAGAGACUCUCUAAUUGAAAUGUGUUGGUCAAUCCAUGUAUUAGUAAAGGAUUUUUUAACUGCAGUCAGAGUGCCUCGGAUGCUUUUUUUGGACUACCUGCCUGUACCAUGGACUUUUACACUCUGUGAGCUGGCCUUAGAGCUUUAACCCAGUGCAGCACUCCCUAUUUUUUCCUCAUUAUUACAGCUUUAUUCUCAACUUCUCAGAGAACACAGAUUUGUGGGAUAUGUUUUGAAUGUGCAGAUUUUUUUUAACAUGAACAGAGAUGUUAAUGAAACACAUAUGAACUGUUAAAGCUUGCUAAUUGAUUAAAAGGAGAUAAUGCAUCAUUGACAUGAAUAGGUGCCACAUUUAAAGAGGUUACUUCCCAAAAGAAAAGAGACAAGAUGGAAGAGUAAAUCAUAGCCUUUGUGCUUUGACAUAGCAGGGAUAACAAAAAUGAGGAAGGUUGAUGUACAGGAAAACAAAUACUUAAAGCAAUACAGAAUGCCUGAGAGCCUUACUGCAUUAUAUCCCAUUUAUAUUUUGAAUUCUGUGUUUUCCUUUACAUUAAUAAAGACAUUUCCACCUUAAAUUGGGGCACAAAAAUUCAACAGAAUGCAGAAAAUGAAGCAUUUGACACCUAAAACUUUGCAGGUGAGGACCCCAAGUCCACCCCACUUAAUGUUUCCCCCAAAUUUUGAAUCUAAAUCUGCGCCCUUGCAUAUCUGAUAUGAUGUGAUCAUAGCCUGUGACCUUCCUCAUGCUGCAGUUGUCCUAAGGCCUGCAUAGUAAUUGUUGUCAUCAGUCAUUUUCACCUUUAAUACACCAGAUAAGAGUUUUUAUCAUGAUUUAAUGUCAAGGCUGUUUUAGCAACUGAAGCCGUUGAGUAGCUCGGAGCUUUUUCAUCUACCGUCUCAAGGUUUAUAAAUGAUAACUUUGAGAUGAAUAUAAAAUUCAUCACUUUUUCUAUCUGUUGAAUUAAUGUCUUGUAUUUGAGGCUUUUGUUUUGGGGUUAGAUUCUCGGACAACAAUAGUCGCGGCUUAACAACCUUAACACAGUCGUUCCACUACCUAACAAGUCGUGACUUCUCCCCCAGAUGUAUUACAUCACAAGUUGGCACCAUCAAAGUCAGUGCUGUCGUCAUUUGAACAGCUGUGUUAAUGACACCCGUAAAAAAAUAGGGUUCACUCUCUAACUAGAUAACAGGCAGCUGGCACCGAGACAAAGGUGCCUUGAGGCUAAAUAUCAGAUGUCAGGUUACACUGGUGUUCCUGUACUUCAAGAAAAGAGUUCAAUUUGAUGUCUUAUGUGAUUAUUAUGGCUCCAUAUUAAAACAGUUAUCAGAGGACGGGACGGAAAGGGGCCAGAUGCUGAUGAUGAUGCCGGUGUCGUGAUGUUUACCCACAGCCAGACAGGUGUCAUCCUGCAGGCACUGCAAUGUGUCAGACCCUGUUGAACACCAUGUUUACUCACUAUCAUUAUGUUUGGGGGGUGAAUGCGUUAUUUGAAUAAUGAAAAAAGAAAAUUCCAAUACACGCAGCUCGGUUUGUCCCUGGCUGUAAUUUCCCUCAGAUGUUUUUUAAACCAUGUAUUUUUAAAAGAAAACUUCUUUUUUAUCACAACUUUAACAUUCAUAGCUUGUGUUGUUGGUUCAAUCUGUUGUAACAUUGUACUCACCCAAAGUAAUUGCUGAGAUCUUCUAGCGCAACAAUAUUGCUGAAAAUAGGUCAGACAUUGCAACAAAUGAUCAGACAGGUUGAAAACAAACCCCUGCUUUGGUAAAAGUUGUUUGAAAGAGAAAAUAAAGGCAAGCAAUAAGAUAAUUAUCAAGGCUGUCCAGUGUAGAUGUCAAUCACACUUUACAGACUGACUUCCUGGUUCAACUUUGACCCACCCUUCUUGCUGUAGUUGUGCACACUUUUCUUUGCAGUGAUUGCUGGCGACAUUGGCAAAUGAAUAAAGCUUCUGAUUUUCUCCCUGCUUCUAUUUGUUGCCCCAUUGGACCUGAUUUUUUUAGCAGUGUUCUCAGAUCUCAGCAGUUGUCUGGAUGAGACUUUUCCUUUAAGUUCAUCAGUUACUAGUUUGUACAUGAAUGUCUGUUUGAUGUAGUCAUAUAAUAACUCCAUGAAUUUACUUGAAGCCUGUUUUCCAGCAGAAUCCUGAGGCUUUGGGUUGUCAUCCAUCCUUUUUCCCCAACCGUCCUUUUACUGAAUAACUCUCCUUGACUCUGUCUGGGGGAUCUCAAAGUGUUUCCAGGCCUGCUGACAGAUGUAAUCCAGGAUUUCAUGUUUCCUUGUGACUUUAAAAUGAUUUCCUCUCCUGCGUAAAUCACUGCUUUUCCCUGGAAACCGUGAAUUCUCAACAUAACUGAAAUUUAAAAGGCAAAUGUUAGCAUAAUUAAUCAGAGAAUGGUGUAUAUUUCUGUUCCUACCUUUUUAAUAUAUAUUAGAUGACAUGUUGAUCUUUUUUUUUAAUAAAAUACUGAAAAAUAAAGAUUAUACAACAA